AUGUCUCCUACGUUACCCAUAAUAUGUGGAAGUAUCAACAUAUCACCAUCUACAUCCAGAAAGUCGUAUGCUUUGGAAGAAGCUUGUACAGUUUGGGAAGGGGUUUUGAUUGAUAAAAAAGAAGAAUCUACUUCAACCGAUAUGCCCUUAGGCACGGCCAUACAUAACAUAGAAAUCACACUUGGAAAGGGUGGACAAUUAGCUAGAGCAGCGGGUGCUGUAGCGAAACUGAUUGCAAAAGAAGGGAAAUCGGCCACAUUAAAAUUACCUUCUGGGGAGGUCCGUUUGAUAUCCAAAAACUGCUCAGCAACAGUCGGACAAGUGGGGAAUGUUGGGGUGAACCAGAAAAGUUUGGGUAGAGCCGGAUCUAAGCGUUGGCUAGGUAAGCGCCCUGUAGUAAGAGGAGUAGUUAUGAACCCUGUAGACCAUCCACAUGGGGGUGGUGAAGGGAGGGCCCCAAUUGGUAGAAAACAACCCACAACCCCUUGGGGUUAUCCUGCACUUGGAAAAAGAAGUAGAAAAAGGAAUAAAUAUAGUGAUAAUUUGAUUCUUCGUCGCCGUAGUAAAUAGGAGAGAAAAUAGAAUUUCUUUCUUCGUCUUUACAAAACAAAAAAAUAGGAGGAAGCUGUGACACGUUCACUAAAAAAAAUCCGUUUGUAGCGAAUAAUUUAUUAAAAAAAAUAAAUAA